AUGAUUGAGGCUUUAUUGCAAAAUUUGAAACUUGUCGACGCAUCAUCGAUGCGCUGCUCUUCCGAAACUAACAGAGGUUCCCGCUGGACCGACGAACCAACUUACUUGGAAGUAUCCCCACAAGACAUGGAUAAAUACUUCGAUGUUGUUCAAAGUCAAAUGGUGUUUGUACCAACACCUGACAUUCGAAGGAAUCGCAGCAGAGAUGAACAAAUCUUCGCAAAAUUUACCCAACUUCCAAUUGAAGUUGCGGUGAAGAUUGUGUCAUAUUUGGAUGUAAAGACUCGUCGCAGUUUGAAGAGAUCGUCAAGACAGAUGUACGAUUUAGAAGCAAAGUCACCGUUUCUGGUCGAGUUCAUGAAAUAUGAGGAGCGGCGACCAUCUGAUCUACGAGAAGACUAUCCAUAUUUCCUAAAAACGAUAUCUUUGUCCAUUAACAUUUGUGGGGACAUGGUGGCCGUGGAUAUAACAAAAACACCGGAUUAUUUGACGCUCUCGAUUCGCUAUGAUUUCGGUUUAGAACACUUUGAAUCAACAUCAGAAGAACCAUUUGAAGCAUAUGCAAAGCGCAUUUGCAACAAAAUUCUUAAGCGAUGCCAUCAUGACAUCAGUUACUUGGCCAUUUUGGUCGAUUCGUCAACUACUGUUGCACAGACGCUCGAAUGGGGACGUCUGACAAACUGCCGUCAAUUGCAUAUCAACUCGAAAACCAUAGAUGAUCUCCACUACUAUAUGAAUAAAGCCAAGGCUGAGAAUUAUUUGUUAUCAAUGACUGCCGACGAGAUAACUGAGGAGCAGCGUGAUGUCCUAGCAAAAAUUACUUAUAAUCGAAGUUUGCCGUUGCUCAUUUUCCGUGUGAAGAUGAUGCCACCAAACUCGCUCACCACGUAUAACUCUGGAAAAAUGAUGUUUGUCGCUCAGAACUUCACCAUUAAAGAUAUCAAAACAAUGUUGCGGAAGGCGCAUAACGGAACGCUGCCCCCGAAAAUGGCAAAGAUCGAGAUCUUCCAAAAAUUCGAGGCUGAUACCAAAGUCGAUUUUUAUGAUGAAGUUAAGGCCGGAAUUUUGAAUGUUCUCCAGAAGCAGGGUAUUCCAAGGAGGCCAUACUUGGUCGCCAGAUAUGAAGUGUUCAGUGAUAAUCGAAAGCUUCUGGGAUAUUUCGAGAUGGAGAUGAUCGACGUUCACUACUUUUUCGCUUAUGAAACGAUUUGA